UGUGAGUUGUACGUGAGUCUCCGACAGCUGAGGCCGCCGCCACGUGGUCGUGAUCCUCUUUAAGUUUACACAGACGGCGAGAGAGAGUCAGUAGUGAUCAGGAGGCAGGGAAGGAAACGUGUAGCCGCUCCUCAGGAACCCACUUACUGAUCCUACUUUGUGGUGUUGACAGUGAUACUCACUAAUUGUGGCACUUGUCAAGUUAUUGCUGCACCUUAUAUUUUCCCUAGUGACUUAGUGAUCCAGUGACUUGCAAUAACAUUUACCAAAUACUUCACACCGCAAGCGAUAAUACGCGGCAAGCCGUGAAGCCUGCUUGAGCGGCUGCACAUUGGAGUUUGACAAUCUUCAUGGCUUACCAGGAUAGAAUGAUGGGUCCAGCCCGCGAUGACCUGGGUGCCAUGGGUGGUGGGGGCGGUGACAGUGGCAGGAGCGACAGGGGUCGCCGUCCUCACCGUCACCCUCCCAGCGCCGAGGUCGAGGCUGAGAUGCGACUCUACCUUGACAAACUGAAGGAGAUCGUUCCCCAUAUCCCCAAGAACAGGAAGGUAACGCGUCUCGAGUUGAUCCAGCACGUGAUCGACUACAUCUGCGACCUCCAGCAUGCCCUCGAGGACCACCCUGGCCUCAAGGACGAGCCCACCGCCAGGUUUCUCACCCCACCCACGUCUCCACACCACCAACUGCAGCAUACACCACCCCACGCCUUCCACAACUCCAUGCCUUCACACCACCUGUCACCUCUCUCAUCCCUUACCUCCACCAGACAACCCCUGGGCGUCAUCUCCACCACCAACACACUCCAGACCUCCACGAUGCGGCGAGACGUAACCAAGGCGACCAACAGAUUGAGCGGGUCCAUAUCCCACACUCUGCCGGGGAGCACGUGAGCCCUGCGCUUCCACUGCUCACCUCAAUCGCUCCCCACGUCGCCGUCACCGUCUCCGUCUGCUGCUUAACCUUCCCAAGGGCGCGUGGGCCUCCUCGUGCAGCAGCAGGCAGGUCUUGACCAUCUGGUGGUGCGGUAGCCUGCAGGCAGGAGCAGCGGAGGAUAAGUGUUGCGUUGGCAGCAAACCACGAACCCACGCCUUGCUCCUGGUGUUGCUGUGUACCGGGUGUGUCUGUCCAGGGAACUUGAUAAAGUAACCAACUACAAGAUUCCAGUCAUAUAGCGUAUAUUUCAGGCAAUUUUGUUUGUUCAUUCAUUUAGUCAUGGCUUUAUUAAAACACACGAUAAUUACAUAUAUGUGUUACAAACAUUCAGAAGGUUGAAUGGGUGUUGAGUUCCUCGGAGGUGAAGAGCCAGACACAACCUCGUCUCUCCUGUUGAUAUAAUGUUGUUAGAAUUUUUAUGUCCGUAGCAAUAAUUAAACAGGUCGUAAAGACGAACUAGACCUGUCAUUCUUCUGUAUGUUCCUGUAUUUCAUGUUUCCAAUUUCUUAUUUAGAAACUAGUAGAUUUGUUUGUGAACAAUGACCUUUCGAGCCCCGCCCAGCCCCCCCCCCCCAAAAAAAAAUCAGCCAACAUGAGUGUGUAAAGAUAUAUAAAGGUGCUGGCGUAUAUGUGAGUUUGUGUUUACGUUGUGACUGUUGGAGCAUCCUUGUAGGAUGUAAAGACCUUCUCCUUGAUACAUUUGUGCCCGAAGUGUUAUGGUGGUCGCCUUUCUGGAUCCUCGUGCAGCAGGUGACACGGAAUGAGUCUCACCCUCCCUCCCUCAUCUCCCUGGCAGGUCCUCCAGCACCACAUGGCCCACAACUGGCUCAUGCUAGUGCGAGGCAAAACAACACUACAGUUGGGCAGACGGUGACACAUGGAUGCCGUCUGCUCCGUCUUCCCGUUUUGGUCACACAUAUAUUUCUGUUAUUAUCUUCCUUUACGGCUUAAAAAUCACCCACAUUCCUGUUUACUAAUGCUCAUUUACACCACGGCACUUUGGGAUCUCAUGUUUUGUUCUCUUUUCUGUUGGUGUAUUUCCUGGGACUUGUGCUUCCUUCUCCAGCGCCUCGCUACAUUUUCCCCGCUAUACAACAUAUGGGAAUCUACUUUUUCCUUAUCCCUCACUGUACGACACAUGGGGGACUAAUAAACCAUCGGGGAAGCCUGAGCCAGGAGGCCAUAUGGUUACCAACUGGCGGGUGGGAGGUGCUGGCUGCGCGAACCGGACAGAUGGUUCUCCUGGCAUGAGGUCCACAGGGAGGUGCAGGGUUACCCCCCCUCCUAACCCUCCACAACACCCGCACUACACAUCUUCGUUUAUUUGUGAGAAGUGUUUUAUUAUUAACAGGCAGGAGAAAAAUAAAUUGGAAUGUUGAUUAAAUCUGUUUCAUAUAAGUUGGGUCCCUCUUCAUAUCAGUCACCACAAUGAAUUAUUGUUGUCUUACAAGCUUACAAGAAGACAAUUCAAGCUAUAAAAGAUGUGUCAAGAGGCAGUAAGGCUGGUGACAGCACCAACUGACACACGCCGCCCUGCCUCGCUAACAGUCAGGUUAAACACAGGGGCUACUGUAUCACUAUGAUCAUUGUUUCACGGCAAAUAAACUUUAUAUUUCUUAUAUUACACCAAAGAAGUUAUUUUAAUGUUUUAUAUUUUGACAACCUUUUGCAUUAUAUAAUAUUAUUCAGUAUCAUAUAAAUGCAAUAUGUGAAUGGAGUCUAAACUUUAGACUGUAUUCUAGCGUCAGACAUUGAUGUGCUGUUAUUAUGACGUCACACAUCGUCAGCUGCUUGGAAAUGUUUUCGUCAGCUAUUCAAUGACGUCACGGCUGCACAAAAACUUUAUCUCCGAUGCACAGCUCACACCACCAUUGUCACGUUGAGUCUUGGAAACUUAUGUUUCCAAGAAACUAUCAGAGCUGAGUGUAAUUUUUUCAUUGGUUAGCCGCCUGUAAACUUGCCACCACUGUUUCAUCAUAUUUACGUACUUCAUUCAUCCCAACGUCUUUACAUUUAAUAUGGCCAAGAUGAUAAAAUCAUAAGGAUAAUAAACAGUGAAGUGCAAGUUACUGGCGGGCGAUCCUGGAAAAAAAAAUACUGUGGCAUAAAGGUGGCCUCACACAACAGCGCUGGAGUUGGUGCCUGUACCCUAGUAUAACCAUAGAUUACCUGUGCACUGUGCUAGUCCACCUGAGUUUCAAAUGGUCACAAAUAGUCACGUGACCCCUUCGUCGCCUCUGAGGAGAGUUGUCUUAGUCACACGGGCGAGUUGGCCCGCCAUCUUGGUUCAUUAGAAGACCCAGACGCCCGUAUUAUUAAACAUCUUCCCUUGAAGAGGGUCGUAGUGUUUCAACCCGAGUUUUAAGCUAAGUGAGUCCUGAGGGACACCGCAGUACUGUAGUUAACGGGGUGGU